GACGAUGUCGUUUUUCUCGUCAAUCUUGACUCCAUGUCUGCUCUGCUCUGAUCUUAAUUUAACUCAAGAGACGAGACGACAGCAGAGACACGGAGGAAGACACAACUUCGGAGACAGACAUAGAGAUGGGUUUGUUCAAUAUUUGCAGAAUAAUUGCGUUUGUUGUUUCAAUUUCUGCAAUUUUAGUUACAGCUAAAGAGCAAUUGAGUGUGAGACAAUGUGAGGAUCUAGGGUUCACAGGCCUUGCUCUUUGCUCUGAUUGCAACACUUUUGCUGAGUAUGUCAAGAACCAAGAGUUGGUAUCUGACUGCUUGAAAUGUUGCACAGAAGACUCUGAUGAUUCCAUGAGCAAGGUUACCUAUUCUGGAGCGAUACUGGAGGUUUGCAUGAGGAAAUUGGUCUUCUAUCCAGAAAUUGUUGGCUUUAUUGAAGAAGAGAAGGAUAAGUUUCCUACAGUUAAAGUUCAAUAUGUUUUCAACUCUCCACCAAAGUUGAUUAUGCUGGAUGAUGAGGGUCAACAGAAGGAAACCAUAAGAAUCGACAACUGGAAACGUGAGCAUAUGCUGCAGUUCGUACAAGAAAAGGUUAGGCCAACUUCAGCAAAAUAUUAGAGCAUUUUAUGAGUGUUCUUCACUGCCAUUGCCUCGGCUUCUUAAUUUAUCAUGGUCAAGUGGCUUACCUUUUUUCGGGAAAGUUCAGUUUAAAUUUGCUGAAAUAUACAGCUAGAAUGGACAUAACCAAUUACCAUUUCAUCUUAGUUUGAAUAUUGAGCCCAAGUGACAUGAACUUCUAUAAGACAAUUUUUAAUGCCCUUUCUGAACACCUCUUAAGGGCACUUAUUUGGUUAUAGAUUGCAUUGUACAUCUCUAAUUUAACUUAAAUUUUGUUCAA